AUAGUAAAAGGAAGACAGAUCGAUUUGUUUUGAAUCAAAACGGUAUAUUUUUAACAAAGCAAAAAUCUCUAUACGAGAAGAGGAAAAUGCUACUAUAGUUUUGCUUAUUAAUAGAAUGUGCGAAUAAUAUUAAUAUAAUAUUAAGCCAAGUUUCUCCCUUAAGAAUAAAUAACAUUCGCGUUUAAAACCUAUUCGUAGCCUAUAUUUUUGAAGGAUACAAUGAACCUAUGAAGGUUUAAAGCGAUUCUACAUAAUGGCCAAGCAAGGAAGAGUUGGUAAAAACUACACUUCACCGUAUUCUCAACCAAUUCAGCGAUAUCCAUCACAAUCUGAAGAAUUCAUAUCAUUAUAUACUAGCGGGCACAAUUCGACAAACCAGAGAAAGGAAUGCCUACAGCAACAUGGGGAAUAUGGCAAAAAUAUCAACUAUGGUGGACAACAAAGACGUUGGAGCUCUCCAUGUAAAAGGAAUGUAAACAAUCAUUUUAGAAAGACAAAUCCCGAGAGGAAAAACGAAAUGAAUGCAUCAUAUUUUCAUUUAUCAAUGCUUGAAGAUCCUUGGUAUCAACUCAUGGAGAGGAAAUCCGCUAUAGAUAAAAGUGAAAUUAAUAUUUCGCAAGGGAAUUCGUUCUCUGCCAGCAAAUCAUCUGAAGACGACGGUCGCAAAAUAUCUGACACAAAGUGAAAAGAGCAGUAAUUGUGGUAUUGUUAACAACCGCCAACAAAUAUCGAUAGUUGUUUACGAAAAUUUUAAAUUAAUGUCCUUCGAACGUUUGCUUUUUUUUCUCUUCUUUCUUUGAAUGAGUAAAUGAGUUUAUUAUUUCAGUUAAAUUUAGAAUCUUUUGAAGAGUUUUACUUGCGCGCGUUUCUUAUUCUUUUACUAGUUAAUGUAAAAUAGAAUUAUUUAAUGUAAGAAUAGAUAAGGAAAUUAAAAUUUAUAUUUUUAAGGAUUAGAGGCAACAAAUUUUUUGUUUUGUCUAAAAAUCUACAGCGAAUGCGUUAUAUAAGUGAAAUAUUUGUAUCGUCGAUGUUAACAAACUCAUGCCGUAUUUUAUUCAAUGCCUCUUUAACAUUUUCCCAUUAAUAUAUUUAUCUCUUUGUUGAAAAUUGGUCUUUGGCUCUUGGCCUUUGAUUUAACUAACAUCAAUAUCAUGCCGUUCUGUAAAAAACGAGAAACAGUGACAAGUUAACGGUUUUGCAUUCGGGCUAUUUAAUAUAUUAUCAAGUUACCCUUUUCGUUAACACAUUCUAGGACCGAUUUAUGGUUCUCAUUAUCAAGAAAGCUCGGCAGCUUUGAAUUAAGACUUGCAGCGAUUAAAUAUGCAUUAUUCUUAUUACCGGAUGGAAAAUCUUCAGAUCGUAAAAUUACUGGCUACUAACACGUUCAAAUUACGAUCGAGUUUACUUAAUAUCGGGAACCGUAAAUCACUCCUUAUAUAUUUACUUAAUGAAUAAAUAAAAAAGUAUAAUUAUUUUUCAUACACUGUAUGCAUACUCUUAUAUAA